CUUGCUUAAGCCACACCUGUUUUCUCCCCACAGCAGCCAAGAGCAUCUCUGUAGUCCUCCCUUGCUUCCUGUGGCCAUAGACUUCAUUUUUUUCACCUACACUCUAGAAGAUUCCUUCUGAGGCAAACCAGCCAGUCUUCAUAAGGGAGGUGCUCCAGGCUUCUGAUCAUCUCUGUGGUCCUCCUCUGGACCCUCUCCAACAGCUCUCUGUCUUUCUUGAACUGGGGGCUCCAGACCUGGACGCAAUACUCCACAUGAGGCCUCACAAGGGCAGAGUAGAGAGGGACAAUCACACCCUGGCCCUUCUGGCCACCUCUCUUCUGAUGGCAGAGGUAUGAUCUAAGGACAUAAAAGCAUAGCUCCAUCAUCCAAGUUAUUUAGGAGCCUACAUAAUCUUAGAUGAGCAUCGAAUGUCUCUUUAAAUCCAUUUUAAUGGAAAACUUGCACUCUGUGAAAACUUAGCCCAAAGGCUAAGAGUUAAUAUGGCAGCUCCAGAGAGUUCAUCCCUAUAGUACCUCAAGAAAAUGGUGGUGCAAAGCAUUCUGCACACUGUGCCAUACAGACGACUCUCUCCAACCCUGCUCUGCAGAGAUAACAUUUGAGAAGGAGAGAAGAACUUCACAUCCAUCCCUGCUGAGUCCUCAUGAGCAGUGAUAAGGAUCUGUGCCAGAUGGGGGGGGUGAUGCCCUCAGCACCACCAGGAGAAGCAGUGACAAAUGCAAGGCUCUGGAGAGCUGCGAUAUUUUUAAGUCCCAACAAAAUUCCUGAAACUCUUUGUUACAUUGGGCUGUUGUUUCUGAAAACAGCAGCAGAUGGAUCACUCAUCCCGUUCUGCGCGACAUUUUCCUACUGCCAUAGAAAGGGCAAAGAUUAGUCUUGCCUCAUCCUUCUCCUUAUUGUGUAAAAGUGUAAACAUGAUGAGAACGCACUGCCAGUGAACAAUGUGACUUUGAACAAAGGUUUUAAUGGCCAAGAGUGUAAUUAAUUUGUUCAAAGCAAAUGCUGCUUUGCCCGUGGAAGUAGAUCUGCCCACAUAUUUCUCAAGUGCAUUAACGGAGGGUGGCUGCAAUAUCUCCCCCACAGUCCAGAAGCACACAGUAGUAAUUAAUAACACCACUUGGCAUUUGUGAUUCACAUAUCAGCAGGCAGGCAGGUGUUGGAGUCAGUUUUGUGGUUUGUCACAGCACUGAGACAACACGAGAGCCAAGUGUGGUCUGGGACGCUCAUGAUUCACUCCUCUGCGUUCUCUCCUCUUCAGAAGCUGCUUGUUGUUUCCAAACAAGAACGCUAUCGUUUCAAGCUUGCCCCACUAUUUUGAGGAAGCAUACACAAACCGAUGUGUCAGCACGCCCCUCACUGCACUCACUUAACUCGACAGCUCGCUGUGCGCGCAGACUAAAAGGCACAAGGAGGCAACAGCAAGCUCCCGAGGGCUCCUCCCCGCUGGACAGCCCAGCACUCAGCUGUGUGGGCGGAAGUGCGAGCCGCGGCGGGGAGGCGGGCCCGGCGCUGUGCCCCUAUUCCCUGCCCCAGCCUCCUCCAGGCCUGGGCGUGUGGCCCGCGCUGCGGAGCGGCAGGUAAGGGGGCGGCGGCGGCGUCCUGCCUGCUCGGCGUGUGCUGCAUCGCCGCGUCUCGGGAGAAGGGCCGGCUCGAGGUAUUCCGCGUCGGCUGGCUUUCUCCUCUCUCUCCUUCCCUGGGUGACUGGCUUGCAAGGAACCGGCUGUUUGAUUAGCAAGAUGAAGCCUGCUAAGCUGCACUACUGGAUUUUGGGUUGUUUUUCUAUAGUAUCAUGUUGCUGGUGUACUUCAGAUCAAUUCCCUCAAAGUGAUAGCCAUCCUCACACCUGGAAAAAGCUGUAUCUUGCUCACCAUUGGCCAGUGACUGUAUGCAAGAUGAGUGCUAAUGAUUGUCAAGACCCUCCAGAAUACUGGACAAUUCAUGGAUUGUGGCCUGACAAAGGUGAAGAAUGUAAUAGGACAUGGCAUUUCAAUGUCACAGAGAUCAAGGAUCUUAUGUCAGACAUGAGACGUUAUUGGCCUGAUGUGAUUCAUUCGUCUCUGAAUCGCACCCAGUUCUGGAAACAUGAGUGGGAGAAACAUGGCACUUGUGCAGCCACGCUUCCAAUCCUUGAUUCUCAGAAGAAAUAUUUUAGUAAAACCCUGGAACUCUACCAGCUUGUUAACCUUAAUGGUUUUCUCCUGAAAGCUGGGAUAAAGCCAGGCAGUACGUACUAUCAGAUGGCUGCUAUAAAGGAAGUGCUUACAGAAUUUUAUGGUAUUACACCAAAGAUCCAGUGUCUUCCUCCAGAAGAGGGUGAAGAAGCUCAAACGCUUGGUCAGAUUGAGUUCUGCUUCACUAAAGAGUUGGAGCUGAGGAACUGCACAGAGCCGAAGGGUGAAUCCAGCCGAAUGCACACCAACUUGCAGCAUGUAACUGAGGAGUUAUCUGUCUGCAAUGACACUCUUCCAGUCUAUUAUCCUUCACAAGUCAAAGAUCGCAAAUGGAGCCUCAAGAGCUUGAAAAACUUCUUCAACUAAAACAAAUGAAUAACAACAAUCCCUUGAAGUCAUACCUUGGCAAGCAAUUUUGACUUAGCAAUAUUACAAAACCUUGCCUGUAUCAGGUGUCCUGGGGGCAUUUCUGCUGGGGGGGAGGGGGGUGGGAAACAACCAAAAAAACUGCUUUGGCCAUUGAAAGAGAAUAGUUUGCAUUGUAAUACUAGCUACACAGGCUGAAGUCUUGAAUUGCUGGUCUGAUACAGAUAAAAUCAGAAUCUGAUUUACAGCUCUGUCUGUACUUCUUGGCUUAUUUUAAUUUGAAUCAGUGUUCAAAUGAGCUGUGACUUCUUAGUUUCAUUUGCAGUUCAAUCUGCCACUUCAGCCACUUUUUUGGCAGUGACUCAGGAUAGCAAGUCAUUCUUUCUUUUAAAAAGAUGCUUAUCAACUUGAGAUGACAGUUUAUUGAAGAGAGUAUUGUAAAAUGAAAGAACUUUGAGAUCUGUCUGGGGCUUUGUGGAAGUAUGUUCUCCAGAAGCACUGAAUAAAGGCCACAUUCUGUAGCAUUAAACCUUUCCUCACUCAGAUCACAGGUGCCCAAAAAUGAUAACCUUUUAACAGCUACUUCUUAUUGGUAUCUCUGCCAAAAGGACCCCAAGUUUGUAUUUGAAGCCUCACCUGUUCAUAGAUUGAUUUUGGUACAGUGACUAAUACCAUCAUGAGGAGUGACUGAUUUUAAAUUGUCUGCUAUUAUAGGAAAAUAUUAGACUCUAGAAAUCCUUAAUUUUUAACAAAUUUGAACAUUUAGCACUUCCAUGGAAGUAUAUGCCUGAACUUCUGUUUAAAAAUAAGAUUGUCAUAUAAUCACUUGGUUCUGAGAAACAGUUUUUUAUAGGUAAGCAGUAAAUACUGCAGGAAUUUUGGUGAAAAGUACAAAUGUGUAAUGGUGGUUUUUUUUAUCCCAUAACAAUAACAAGCCACAAAGUUGCAUGCUUCCAAAUAAGACUGAUUUAAGUGAGAUCCUCUACAAAGUGCUAUGGUGAUUCAGGUGUCUCAGAUUGUAUUUAAAAGACAAUUACAACUCAGAACCAUCUGUUAGAAAAGUGUAUUACUGCAAAAAUAGUAAAAGCAUUGUUAAAGACAAAUUUAUGGUAUCUUUCAGGUUUAGAAACCAUUCAUAUUUUGCUUGUCCCUGUACCUUUCCUUUAAGGCUGUUACCUUGCCAUUCCAGAGUACUGUGGUUUGCUGUUUAUUGGCUUUUUUUAGGGGGGUGGGGGCAGGGAGGUUAAAGUCCUCUCUAGAAAUUUGAGGUUUUUUACUGUAUUAAUACACCAGAGUGGGUAUGAUCUGCAUUUUAUUGUGUUUACAUUUCAGUAAAGUGAGGAUUUUUCUUUCAAACUUCCUUCCUGAGUCAAGGGAUAUACUAAUGUAACAGAUCUGGAGUAUUCUAUACAGGCUUUAAAAUCAACACAAAAGAAGUUUUUAUUCUUUCUCCCUACACCAUUAUUGUCUUAAUGGAAAUACUCAAAAUUGAACUUUGACAUCGAAAUUGUCAAAUUCUGAAGGGAAAAGGCAGAGGAUGCAACAUGUGGUACUUGUUGUAAAGAGGUAUAAAUUCACUGCUGUUUUAAAUAUGGUAGUGUUUAUGGGUGAACUAGUUCCAAGGGGUGUUUGAUUAUGUUAAAUCUGAGGUAGGUGGUUUUUUUUCAGUGCCUUUUGGCUGAAAUUCACCCUUACAUCUUAUUUGAAGUGUGUAACAGGACGAAUCCUGCUUUUGACUGUCUACAGAGUUUCAAGCAAAUUCUAUGAGAAUUUUGCGUACAUUUCUGAGCAGAAGGUGAUUCAAAGACCAGAAAUUAACUGUUAUGCAUUGGUGUUUUUGACCAUGUUUCAGGGAAUGCUGUGAUGAUCCAGUAUUUUCUCCAGGGUUGACUUUAAUAAUUGUGUUCUAUUCUGAUAAGAACAGCGGACAGCACAUUAUAAAACUUCUGUAUAUGUUUGUGUAUGUGUUGUAUAUGAUAUCAUGUCUGUUUGCAACUAAGAACACCAAUACAGCUUGAUUCAGGAGUUGUGUAAGAAGUAAUGUUCAAAAGCUAAUAAAAACUGCAUAAUCACGA